AUGGGUGUUCCUUCAUUUUUUCGAUGGAUAUCAAGAAAGUAUCCUAAGAUCAUCUCUCCUGUUCUCGAAGAGACCCCUCAAAUAGUUGAUGGUGUAAAGUUGCCCAUCGACUAUUCCUCUCCAAAUCCCAAUGGAGAAUUGGACAAUCUAUAUUUAGAUAUGAAUGGUAUUGUUCAUCCUUGUUCACACCCAGAGAAUAAGCCUGCUCCGGAGACAGAAGAUCAAAUGCUUCUUGAAGUUUUUGAGUACACUAACAGGGUAUUGAAUAUGGCAAGGCCAAGGAGGGUGCUGAUGAUAGCCGUUGAUGGUGUUGCACCGAGAGCUAAGAUGAAUCAACAAAGAUCACGUCGAUUUCGUAGUGCGCGUGAUGCGAAGUUUGCGAAUGAGGAAAAAGCUCGUGUGUUAGCAGAGCGUGAGGCGUAUGGAGAGUUAAUUGAUGAUUCCGUGAAGGCAAAAACUACUUGGGAUUCGAAUGCAAUUACUCCGGGUACGCCAUUUAUGGACAAAUUAGCUGCUGCGCUAAGAUAUUGGACAAGUUUUAAACUAGCUACUGACCCUGGUUGGAAACACUUGCAAGUUAUUAUCAGCGAUGCUACCGUACCAGGAGAAGGUGAACAUAAAAUCAUGAACUUUAUAAGAUCACAAAGAGUAGACAGUCAGUACAAUCCAAAUACCACUCACUGUAUCUAUGGUUUAGACGCCGAUCUGAUAUUUUUGGGUCUAGCUACGCAUGAACCACAUUUCAAGAUCUUACGUGAAGACGUUUUUGCUCAGGACAAUCGUAGGAGGCCACGCGCACAGGAAAUGAUCAAUAUGUCUGAAGAAGACAAGCAGCAUUUGAUCGAACAAGAUGCAGAAAAGCCGUUCCUUUGGUUACAUGUAAGUGUGCUGAGGGAAUACUUAGCUGCCGAGCUGCAUGUACAAAGACUGUCUUUCCCCUUUGACCUGGAAAGGGCAAUAGACGAUUGGGUAUUUAUGUGCUUCUUCUGUGGUAACGAUUUUCUACCGCACUUACCAUGCCUGGAUGUCAGAGAGAACAGCAUUGACAUUCUAGUUGAGAUAUGGAAGACCGUGCUGCCUUCUUUGAAAACUUAUCUGACAUGUGACGGUGAAUUGAACUUAGCUGGAGUGCAAAAAGUACUAGAACAGCUUGGGAGCCGUGAACCGGAGCUCUUUAAGAGAAAGCAUGAACAAGAGAGUCGAAAGAAGGAAGCCCAGGAGAGAAGGAAGAUGCUGAAAAAUAAUCCUAAUGUGACAAAAGGCGCUGUAGACAGGAACUUCACUGUGCCCCUUGAGAGCAUGCCUGUUUAUGACGUAAAUGGGAAAGCAGCAGAUGAAUCUUUAAACCUUACCAACAAGGAUUUUGCCAACAUGCGAAAGGAAAUUAACCUUGCGAACGAGGGUGAUAAGACCGCUCUAGGAGCCCUGCAAAAGCGCAGCGAAGAAAACAAUGGCACAAUCAAGACCGAUGCCCCGGAUUUUUCUCAGGAGGAACUACGCAAUGCAGUGGAGGUCUCCAGAGUCGGAAAUUUGUCUGCAGCUGCAUCGUUAAAAGAACGUAUUCUUGCUAAGAAAAGAAAACUCGCCGCACAAGAGGAAGAUGGGCGUGAGUCCAAGGCAGCCCGCCUGACAACGGAUGCAGGUGCUCAUCAAGCGGGUUCCGAUCACCAGGAGUCGCAAUUGGACGUCCCAAUAAUGUCGAAGGAAACCCCCAUAUCUGGAUUCAUCGACACCGAUAAGGAAGUACAUCUAUACGAACCAGGCUACCAUGACAGAUAUUACCAGGCUAAAUUCCAUGCCCCAACAAAAGAUAUCGACUCCCUGCGUAGCGAUCUCGCCCGUUGCUACAUAGAAGGCAUCGCCUGGGUCCUCCUGUACUAUUACCAAGGCUGCCCAUCGUGGACAUGGUACUACCCUUACCACUACGCCCCGUUCGCUGCCGACUUUGUCAACAUAUCAGACCUGGUCGUUUCCUUCGACCUAGGUCAGCCUUUCCUCCCAUUCGAACAGCUAAUGGGCGUGCUGCCCGCUGCCUCAGGACACAAUCUCCCUGACGUCUUCAGACCCCUCAUGUCCGACCCAGAUUCUGAAAUCAUAGACUUCUUCCCAGAGGAGUUUGCAAUCGACAUGAACGGUGAAAAAAUGGCCUGGAAGGGCAUCGCCCUCCUUCCGUUUAUCGAUGAACAGCGUCUUCGCACCGCAGUACGCAAACAGUACCAUCUCUUAUCAGAUGAAGAGAAAGCCCGCAAUGUCCAACGUAACGACGUCCUAAUAAUUAGUAAUAAAAACCUGAACCACGAGAACUUCCUCACAAAACUAUACAUCGACUCCGCUUCUUCAAUCCAUUUCAAACACUUCAAAACUGGCUUGUGCGGUACUGUCCUCCCCGACUCGGAAGGUUACAGAACCAACAACAAAAUGCUAUGCCCUCUAGACACAGGUAACCUCCCGGAAAUUAGCACAAACCUGUUCCUAAAAAUGACAUACCUAAUGCCAACCGUUUCCAAAACUUCAAACAAAGCCUUAAUACUAAACGGUUACAUCCCCCCGGCGCCUCAACUCUCUCCUGCCGAUCGCGAAGCCAUCAUUUACAAGUAUCCGCAAAGAUGGAACCCUCAUUUCAUGAAAAACUAUAUCGUUCCUGUCGGCCCAGCGGCUAUCACCCAGUAUCAUCCACGCCUCGGCGGCUAUCGCGCGUUUGUAUACCAUCAACAGAUGAUGAACUCUGACCGCCCAUCGCCAGCCUCUGCUACCACCACCACCACUACAGCCACGGGCACCACCCCCACCACUCCUGCCACUGCAAGCACCGCUACCAGCAGGUAUACAAAGAAUACAAAUUCCCAUCCGUACAACUCUUAUCCCCACAACCACUACCACAACCGUAACAACCGCCAUCACCACCCGCCUUCCUCUUCCUCCUCAUCCACCUACCCUCAGCAAAACUAUUCUAGACAACCGCCCUCCUCCUCCUCCCGUCAACCGUCCCGUUUUUACCGCCGUCACUAA